AUGGCUGCAACCCAGAAACUAUAUCCCCGUGGAACAGUCAAGCGUAUUGUGAAAGCACACUCCAAUCAGAGUGUCAGCAAGAAUGCUGAUAUCUUAAUCUUUCUGGACUACAUGCUUUUCAUGCAAGAGUUGAUGCGUGAGGCUUCCAUUCGGUCACGCAAGUCUGGUGAGAAGAACAUCUCUGCCAACUCUGUUCGCAAAGUCACCGAGGUAUGA